UUUUCCCAUAUAGGUCAUUACGGACUAUUGAGAAGAGUUCCCUGUGCUAUACAUGCCAACAACAUGCCCAAGCAGGUGGAAGUACGGAUGCACGACAGCCACCUCAACUCGGAGGAGCUGAAGCCCCGGCAUCUGGGGCUGCGCUUGUGUGACAAGCUGGGGAAGAAUCUCCUGCUCACGCUGACCGUGUUCGGUGUCAUCCUGGGGGCAGUAUGUGGAGGGCUUCUUCGCUUGGCAUCUCCUAUCCACCCUGAUGUGGUUAUGUUAAUAGCCUUCCCGGGGGAUAUACUCAUGAGGAUGCUAAAAAUGCUCAUUCUGCCUCUAAUCAUCUCCAGUUUAAUCACAGGGUUGUCAGGCCUGGAUGCUAAAGCCAGUGGCCGCUUAGGCACGAGAGCUAUGGUAUAUUACAUGUCCACGACCAUCAUCGCUGCAGUGCUGGGGGUCAUCCUGGUCUUGGCUAUCCACCCGGGGAACCCCAAACUCAAGAAGCAGCUGGGGCCUGGGCAGAAGAACGAUGAAGUGUCCAGCCUGGAUGCCUUUCUGGACCUUAUUCGAAAUCUCUUCCCUGAAAACCUUGUCCAAGCCUGUUUUCAGCAGAUUCAAACAGUGACAAAGAAAGUCCUGGUGGCCACUCCAUCAGACGAGGACAGCAAUGCCACCAAUGCUGUCCUCUCGCUGUUGAAUGAGACUGUGGCUGAGCCGCCUGAGGAGACGCAGGUGGUUAUCAAGAAGGGCCUGGAGUUCAAGGACGGCAUGAAUGUCUUAGGUCUGAUAGGGUUUUUCAUUGCUUUUGGCAUUGCCAUGGGGAAGAUGGGCGAGCAGGCCAAGCUGAUGGUGGAAUUCUUCAACAUUUUGAAUGAGAUUGUAAUGAAGCUAGUGAUCAUGAUCAUGUGGUACUCUCCCCUAGGUAUCGCCUGCCUAAUUUGUGGGAAGAUCAUUGCCAUCAAGGACUUAGAAGUGGUUGCUAGACAACUGGGGAUGUACAUGAUCACGGUGAUUGUCGGCCUCAUCAUCCAUGGGGGCAUCUUUCUCCCCUUGAUUUACUUUCUAGUGACCAGGAAAAACCCUUUCUCUUUUUUUGCUGGAAUUUUCCAAGCUUGGAUCACUGCCCUCGGUACCGCUUCCAGUGCCGGAACUUUGCCCGUCACCUUCCGUUGCCUAGAAGAAAAUCUGGGGAUUGAUAAGCGUGUAACCAGAUUUGUCCUACCAGUUGGAGCAACCAUUAACAUGGACGGUACAGCCCUUUAUGAAGCCGUAGCCGCCAUCUUUAUAGCCCAGAUGAAUGGCGUCAUCCUAGAUGGAGGCCAGAUUGUGACCGUAAGCCUCACGGCCACGCUGGCCAGCGUUGGGGCAGCCAGUAUCCCCAGUGCCGGGCUCGUCACCAUGCUCCUCAUUCUGACGGCUGUGGGCUUGCCGACCGAGGACAUCAGCCUGCUGGUGGCUGUGGACUGGCUGCUGGACAGGAUGAGAACAUCCGUCAAUGUUGUGGGAGACUCUUUUGGGGCUGGGAUUGUCUAUCACCUCUCCAAGUCUGAGCUGGACACCAUUGACUCCCAGCACCGAGUGCAUGAAGAUAUUGAAAUGACCAAGACUCAGUCUAUUUAUGAUGACAUGAAGAACCACAGGGAAAACAACUCCAACCAAUGUGUCUAUGCUGCACACAACUCUGUCAUAGUAGAUGAGUGCAAGGUAACUCUGGCAGCCAGCGGAAAGUCAGCCGACUGCAGUGUUGAAGAAGAACCUUGGAAACGUGAAAAAUAA